UCAUUCUUCAUUCUCAUUCACCACUUCGCUUCUUGACAUAAGCCGUCUUGGGUGCCCUUUAUUAUCUGCAUUUGUUCAACGUUCAACUCCAAUCCCACGCAUCCUACACGAGGCGCCUACUCAGCUGCUGAGCCGCUGAGCAGAGGUGAACGGCCUCCAAGCCUAUUCACGACCCACCCCUCCAUCCCGCUCAAGCAACAUGGAGGAGAUUGUCCUUCCAGACUUCGAUGAGGACGACGACUACAGCCUCCCCUCCUUCCCCUCUAGGUCAGCCUUUGGACAAGGCACUGGCUCUCCCGAGUCGGACACCUCCUCCCGCAAUGACUUCAACUCCUCUGAUCACUCGGGCCUGCGGCCCUCCGGUGGCACCCUUCCCCGCUCAACUCUCCAGAGGAGCGCUCUGUCUCACUCAACUUCAUCCUCCUAUGCCGAUCACGCAGCUGAACCCCCACGACUAGGCAAGUUCUCGAAUGGUUCGUCCUCGUCGCUGGGCACCGUGCAGCCAGCGCUCGUGACCCCCGGACAAUUGUCAUCACCAGGUGCUGCGCUUCUCGCCUCAAGGAAGGGUUCUUUCGCCUCUCUCAAGAAUAUGCUCAAGCCAAACCAGCAGGGCUCAGUACCAGCUGUGCCACCCGUGCCCGCCAUGGACCGGCAGGGUCGCUAUCCUGCCCUCCAGAACCCAUUCCGCUCGGAUGCCGACCUCUCGGCCUCCCUGUCUGGGCGAUCGCGCGCCAACACAAAGGCUUCGGUCUCGGCAUCCCCGUCCUUCGUCAUGCACCAUGGUAGCAAGCAAAGCGUGGCGACGCUGCAUUCGUCUCAGCGAUCAUACGGCGGACGAUCAACAACAUCCCAAUCUUCCUCAAACUUCCGGGCCGAAGAGCACCCUGUGCCUGCCAUGCCGAAUAUCCACAGUCGGUCAACCCCUUCUAGGGCGUCUCGAGCAGGACGAGGAGGCAGCGAUACGAGCGUGCUUGCCGGUUUUGGACGGGGUGAAGACCCAGUAGCAUUUGGAAAAACGCCGGCUGAAGAAGCUCUCAAGAUUGUCUACCAGGCGUUUAGAGCGGCGGCUGAUGGCAAGAUUAAGAAGAUCAUGGCCAAGCCUGCGAACUCCUUCAUCGCCUUGACGUCCACUUUGGAAGCCGGCGCCGACGACGCGUUUGACGCAUUAAUUCUCUCAAUUGCCAACUGCACAAGGCGGCAUGCUCGGCGUGUGGUCGACCUCCUAGGCCUAUGGGUGCGCAACCACAUCGAAAGAGCACACUCCGGUGACGUGUACAUCUCCCAGUCGAUGGGGAUGCGUAUGGGCGUUGACGACGAGGCUACCGUCCUUGGAGCACGGAGAGUUUCGGCGGCGCGGUAUAUCUACUACCGGACGCUAAUGGAGAUUGUGCGCGUAGUUCCACGAGACCAGCUCGGCGACGACGUGGCUCUAAACCUCGAACAUUCGGCAUUCAGCGUGUUCCGCUCGGAACGGUCAGAGGACACGGUUCACCGGCGAGCGGUGUCAGGCGUGUUGGUUGACUUUCUGAGCGAACUGUCGAAGACUCGCUUCCUCACAGUGAGCGACAAAUUUACCCGGGAACUUAGUGCGCUCGCUUCGGCUGGGGUAACAAAGGACACGGACGCCAAGGUUGAGCACAUUCUUAAAGGAGCGCGGAAACUCAUCCUCAGGGUGUAUCCUGAGAGCGAGCUCGAAAUGGCGGCCGAGUUCAUCGAGACGCUGUCCGGAUUCUUCGCCAAUGCUCAUGGCGCCGCUCUCAAAAUUGCGUACGCUGAAGCGUUUACUCAUCUUCUUCACCCAGUCAUCGAGACAGCAACAGCCGAGGUUAACCAUCCCACUUGGGCAAGAGCAAUCGCUGUGGUUCUUCAACGAGCACUAUCUAUGGCGGCGAAGCCUCGUUACUGGAGUGUCGCCUUUCCUUUGGUCAUCGUAGCACUGGCAGUUUCGCCGCGCGAGGUGUUCAUGGAACACUGGCAAUGGUGCAUCGACACCAUCCAAGCGAAGACCAAGGAUAGGAACAUGCGGCUUAUCGGAAUGAACGCCUUUAUCCUACUCCUUUGGGUUUACCUCAACCGUAUCACUGAGAGCUCGACUUCGAGGCGAAAACGGCUGGAAGGUCUCCUUCAAGCAUACUUCCCUCCACAUUCCGGCCACCUUUUGCCAGUGGAGAUGCCACUUGAGGCAUUCGUCUCUGUCCUCCACUACGUUAUGGCGCGCCAAACCAAUUACGGCCAGGAGCUCAUAGCGGACUUCUUGCGGGACAGCGUCCCCAACCGUCAUCAAGACGGCUCGCCGCGAGACAUUCUGCACCCCGACCGCGCCUACGUUGCGGUGCGAGCUGCGACCUUAACCCUUCGAUGUCUCGGCAAUGACACGCCGGUCCGGCUACCGUUAAGUGCCGACUUUACUCGCUUCGACUUCCCCAAGUACAAGCCUGCGCCUGACAACUCGCUUGACAAUAUCCCCGAGGCGCAGGAGUAUAUUCAGAAAUGCGGGCCGCUGUCCUUGAACGUCCUUAUGAGCUGUGACCGCAUGGUCGGCCAUAUCCUCAUCUCGAGCGACAAUGUUAACGUCUCCGUCCAUGCAUCAAGCGCAGCCUGGGACUCGGUCGGUGACCAGGUAACCAGGAAACACGGCGAUGUCUACGUGGGUUACCAAGCCCGACAUGAGGCAAACUUCAGACUCCUCGCCGCUCUUCUCGAGCCUCUCCCUGCGCUACUGCCUACAGCUAAGGAGACACGACCACUUGUCGACAUCCUCUGUCGCUCCACUUUCUCAGCAUGUCCUACAACUUGCGAAGCAGCGGCCGAGACGAUGCGUCGCGUGGCUGACGACCCCAUCAUGUGCGCCACUCUCGUGGCUACAUAUCGCCACUUCCUUUUCGAAACGGACCAUGUCUUCAAGGGCGACUUUGUGGGUACAAGGCUACUCGAGUCGCAACUUGUGCGCGUCGUCAAGUUAUGGCUUCAAAUCCUGGAGAAACUCGCCGAGCAGCACCGCUCAAGCUCAGACGCAGACCCCAUGGACCCUGCGUUUGUCGCGAAGGUCGAGGGAUGCGGCCUCUUUCUCCUGUGCUCGACAAGCCUCAACCUUCGCAAGCUUGCCUACGGCGUCUUCUCGGCUGCUCGCGACCUCGGUGGGCUCGAGCGUGGCCCCUCAGCACCUUUCCGCAUUAGUCGAGUCAUGUUGGACGUCCCGACGAAAACGGCGUCGGUGCUUCAGAUGUUUGAGCACGAGCUUGAGCCUGCAGACAUUGUGGUGCUGCGUAAGCUGCCGGCCCUUACGCCCGCGGACAAGGCGCGACUGGAGUCGAUCAAGGGCCGUAAGCUUAUUCAGCUUGUGGCCGAGGGUGACAGCCCCAAAGACAGCGCUCUAUGGGCUGCCCUCCUCCCCGUCUUUGUUGGGAAGGUCAACGACCAACUGCCCGAUUCCGCCCUUGAGUUGCGCCUGCUGAUAGGCGGCCUCGUGCCGAGAUUACAGAGCCACGUCAGUCUGGUCGCAUCAGCAGCAAGUAAGCCUUUGCGGGCUACACCCAAUCGCGCGACUUCCGACCCCGGCCUCCUGGCAGAGCAGUGGCGGCUCUACCUCUCCGUUCUGUGCGGGACGAUGAACCCAAUGAAGAAAGUUCCACAUCACUUAAAGGGUGCCGCCUCUCCCUCAGCGGUCAUGACGACCACCGCACUUUUCGCAUAUCUUGUCCAGAUACUCACUUGGGAAGACCGGCGCUUCCAGGACGCGGCGGUGUUUGCCAUGGGCUCGAUUCGUGCCCCCGCCUUGAAAGCACUUGCUGAGCAACUACUGACAUUCGUCCGUCGGCUGGCCGACUCGUACAAAUCAACUCCCUCGCGCCAAAGCCGCCCUCUCGGCCACAGCGGCAUGUGGACGGCCGCUGCUCGAGUCUUCAGCUUCAUUUCACCGCUUCUUCUCGACGGGCGCGCCAACUCCUCUGCCCACCUGGAGAUCCUCUCGUCGUUCAUAGGCUUCGUCAAGCUCACGCUGACUCUCCUCUCCGACCGGCGCGAAGAUUAUGACCUGCAAAACUUGCGACGCGAGUUCUGCAUUGUCACUGACAAGCUGUCGACGGCCUUAGGCAAACUCGACUCAAGCGACCGCUUCUUGGGAGAGGAGGUGCGCGGAGCUAUCUUCAAGUUGUGCGCCGACUGGUGUCUUCUAGGCAGCCGGCCCGACGUGGUCAAGGCCCGCGAGGGCAGCAUUCUGCAAGCCGCUGCGGCCGCGUACGGUCCUGCUGGCUCGUCGCAAGAACGCGCGCAGUAUCUUGACGACGUGCAGUCGAAGACCAAGCUUCUGUCCAUCACAUCCGCCGAGGCCAUGGCGUCGCUCUGCUCCGGCAAGCUCAUCUCAGCAGCCGACGCGACUCCUGCAGGCCAAGCCUCCGAUCACAUCGUCGAACCAUUGACGGUGUUGCGGUGGAUUCGCGGCCUAUUCCAGCUGACUCCAACCAACUACCACGACACCGCCCGCAAGGCGCUCAUGGCACUCAUGAAGUACAACUGGGAUGUCGAGCGGCUUGCCGACGAGGUGCUCCACCAAUCCUUCGGCGAAGGGGAGCACUUCGCUCUCGAGGCGUCGUUCUUUGGCGUUGUCGCAGACAUGGUCUGCGAAGGGACCAUUGUCCUUCCGCCCGCUCAGCUGGCGUGUCUGUCGCUCUCCAAACUCGGCCACCCUGUCUCAGAGGUUCGGCAACGUGCCUUCCAGCUGGCAGAGUGGCUGUUUGAUGAUCCUGAGGAUCACGCCUCGCUUUCGACUGUGCUCCCGUCCGUUGGUAGCGCGGCUCCCAACGUCUACCGCCAAGCACAGCUGGAGAUGGCGACCCGCCUGGCCGCCAUGUUCCCCGACCUUGCGAUGCCCUUCCUCGAGGAAUGCACCAUCCGGCUUACCCAAUUGGAGGCGCCUCGCCGACGGGCGACGCUGUUGAUCCUGCCAGCAUUCCUGAAGGUCUUGGUUUUGGGCUCGGACAGCAAGGCUGAGCCCAACGAGGUCGCCCAGGAGCACCAAGCCCUCUCCAACCUGGUGUAUCUUGCUGUCCGUUUCUCAGAUGACCACCUCGGAGACAUUCGCGAGAUUCUUCUCAGCUUCGCCGGCGGUCCGGGUCGCUCGCGCAACACCAUGGCGCUCGUAAAGUUCUUGUUCGAGCAAGGUGCCAAACGAGCCAACCCUGACUUUAUGGUGCACGCACAGCAGAUCAUGGCUUGCCUUGCUGAUUCCCCGGCUGGGGACAGCAUAUUCGAGGAGAUUUGUCAGUUUGUUCAUCCCUCGGACAUGGCGACAAGUGCCCAAGCCGACGUUCCACCAAGCCCGAGUGGCAGUACAUUGGCCAAUCUCGAUGCUCUAUUCGCGAGCACCUUGCGCACCAAGCCGUUAUCGCAGGGACAAAUGGCUCUGCUGCUUGCAGGAGAGCUGCUCCCUUCCCGUCUCGGCCACCCACUUCUCGUGAGCCGCCUGCCAGCUAUGCUUCAUGUCGCCUUUAUUCACUGCGACGACCCCAACGCAACGAUGCGUGAGGGCGCCCAGCGUGUGCUCUUCCAGGUUCUGCGGACGUGGAUCAGCUCGCUGUCGAGAUCCCAUGUGCUCGAGCCUGCGGAGAGGGCGUCUGCAUGGCAGGCCGCUGAGCUCAAGACAACAGCACUUGCCCGCCAAAGCCAAGACCUAUUCUGGAAGGCAGACGACACUGGAAGCAUGGACACAUUCUCAUAUGCGCCGUCCCGCAUGUCGACCCUUGUGGCCAAGGUGCUUGGUAUACUUCAACAGGCACAUCCACAGCUGCGCCAGCAGUGGGGAUGUCUGGCCCUUGACUGGGCAACGUCGUGUACCGUUCGCCACCUAGCUUGCCGGUCGUUCCAAGUCUUCCGCAUCCUUACUCCGGACAUCAACGCACGCAUGAUGUCAGACAUGCUCGCCAGGCUGUCUUCGACCAUCGGAAGUCCUGCACCCGAGAUUCAAACGUUUAACAACGAAGUAUUGCGCACAUUGGCUUGCAUCGUGCAGUCGCUGUCGGCCGAGGAUAUGCGUAACUACCCGCAGAUCUUCUGGUGCUUGACAGCGUGUCUAGGAACGCCAUACGAGCCCGAAUUCAACGAAGUCAUUGAGCUCUUCUCGCACGUGUUGGACAAGACAAACUUGGCUGAUCCUGCCGUUGUCUCGCACCUCGUUUCCUUCCGCCCUGCAGACUGGGUCGGUCCGCCGCCUCAUCUACAGGCCCUGCUUCUGAUCGGUCUGCGCUCCUCCAAGACGGAUAUGAUGACCUUUGACCUUAUACGUCGCCUCACGUCGGUUCCGGACGCGGAGCUCAUCGACGAACCUGAGGUACGGCUGUUGCAUGGGUUCGUGGCUGCGCUCCCAUGGAUGUUGCACUCGACUGACCUCGGCGAGCCUAACGAGGAGCUGGCAGGAAUGGCAUCCGACCUUGCCGCCAUUGCCGAGGAACAGGGCAAGGCAGGCUUUGCGCGCCUUCUCACUUCCUUCGCCCACAACCGCUUCCGUUCCAAGGACGACUUCAUCCGCCAGGCUGCCAAACUGCUUCUAGAGUACAUUCACAGCCACGCGCUCGAGAUUGUCACCCACCUCCUUGGCUUUGUUCUCAACCAGAACGACUGGAUGAGGGACAAGGCGCUGCAGAUGCUGGCGCUUGUGCUCGCCAACUCGGAAGUGGUCCCGCUUCUGGCCCCGUUCAACCGCGAGUUGGUGCGCCCUCUUCUGCGCCUCGUCUCCACCAAGCACGCCUCUCUUGCUCUCGAUGUCCUGGACCUCCCACUCUUCACCGGCGGCGAGGUCUCCGAGCCGUGCGACGCUCUGUUCGGCCGUAUUGAAACCUCAGGCUGGAGUGUGCCCAAUGCCAAGGAGCGUUCCGAGGUGACACGGAGCAAUGUGCUUGCCGUCUUCAACACGGUAUCUGUCGAAUCGCGCGCGGCGUCGGCACAUUUCUCUGUCCUUCAGUUCUCCGAUCUCGCGACUGGCCCGAACCACGCUCCCGGUUGGGGCGCGUCGCAGCAGUCGUUUGAAAUGCCGUCCCCGCCCAUGUCAGUGCCGGACAACGCGUCAAUGGGCGACCUCGUCGGUGCACUGCACUCGCUCAAUCAGUUCUUUGACGACGGCCUCGACUCGACGCCAAAUGGCAUCACAACGUCGCCCCUGGCGCGCCGCGCUGGCCGCCAUCUGGGCCGCGUUAGCUCGACCGACUCCCUGCCCUUCAGCAUGGGUGGUGUGCGUGCCGUCCUGGCACGCGGCGCAAUGGUGCGGUCUGGAAGCACGAACGCGGUCGACGACAGCCAACUAGGCUAUUCGCUUGACCAGUCUCUCCUGAAGAGCACUGACUCGUUCGCGUCCUCGACUGACGCCACUGCCGCGCGCCCCGGCUCAGCGGCCAGUGGGCAGUCUGGCCGCCGCUCGCCAGCUCGCCAACAGCCACAGCCUGGCGACGUGAUCACAUUCGGCCCCAGCGGCGCGACAUUUCAGGGUGCCAAUGGGCGUAGCCGCAAUCUAUACGUGCACAAUGCGCACCAGCCGAGUUUCUCGUCCGAGAGUGAGUUUGGGGCGAUCAGCGACAACCACUUCUCCCUCGAGGACGCCGACGACAUGCUGGCGCAGCCGGCACGACCGUGGCAGGAUGGCGACCGCAGUCGCACGCCGUCGCCGCGUGACAAUGCCAACGUGUAAAAACUUGACUAGCAGACAACGACUAGCUUGACUCAUAGUAACCCACUCCCUUCCUCUUCUCACAACCUCUACCCCGCCUCCCUGCCACCCUCCACAUCAUGUCCUCUAUCCCACA